UAAGCCGCUUGCAAUGCAGAGUAAUCUAAGUUGAAAACUAGUGUUUGGUAUUGACUUUUCUCUCCUCCAUGGCUUCAUUCUAUGCAAUGAGGAAGAAACCUUCUAUGGCUGCAAUCUUGCUACUUCUUGGGCUGUUGUUUAGCCCAGAAAAUACUGGUGCACAAUCCUUAGGUGUUUGCUAUGGAGGGCAAGGCAAUGCAAACAAUUUGCCACCUGAGUCAGAAGCUGUAAGUCUCUGCACAAGUAACAACAUUGGAAGGAUACGCAUUUACUCUCCGUAUACAGAAAUUCUCCAAGUCCUUAGAGAUUCUAACAUAGAUCUCAUUGUUGGCGUCCCUAAUGAUAGCCUCCAAGCCCUUGCCAAUCCUUCAGCUGCAGCUGAUUGGGUCCAGAGGAAUAUAAAAGACUAUUCCUCAAAUGUCAAGUUCAAGUACAUUGCUGUUGGAAAUGAAGUAAACCCAACUAGUGAAACAGCUCAAUUUGUUCUUACAGCAAUGCAAAACAUUUACAAAGCAAUUACAGAUGCUGGUCUACAAAAUCAAAUCAAGGUCUCAACCGCAGUGGACACAAAUUUGUUGGGUGUUUUUGAUCCUCCAUCAGCAGGUGCUUUUAGUGACAAUGCAAGGCCAUUUAUAGAACCAAUCAUUAGUUUUUUGGUUAACAAUGGAGCACCACUUCUUGCCAACAUUUAUCCUUACUUUAGAGUCAAGUACAACAACCAACCAGUCCCCUAUGCCUUAUUUACUGCCCCAGAAGUUGUGGUACACGAUGGCCAAUUGGAGUACAGAAAUCUGUUUGAUGCCUUGAUGGAUGCUAUGUAUUCUGCACUUGAGGAAAGAAAUGGAGGAAGUUUGGAAAUUGUAGUCUCAGAAAGCGGAUGGCCAUCUGCUGGUGGUGCUGUGGAGACUAUUGAGAAUGCAGGCACAUAUUAUAGAAAUCUGAUUAAUCAUGUGAAAGGAGGGACUCCAAAGAGGCCUGCAAAGGCUAUAGAAACCUACUUGUUUGCCUUGUUUGAUGAGAACCUAAAGACCGAGGAAAUUGAGAGGCAUUUUGGCCUAUUCUACCCAAGCAAACAGCCCAAGUAUAAUGUUAGUUUCAAUUGAAAGGUUCACAGUGGGGUGUAAUAAAGGCCUUCUCUAAUUGCUAUUUUAAAUAAGAGUGGAUUUUGUACGUUUACUGUGGCCUUGGCAUUGUAUUGAAGUGAUAUUUUUCUAAUAAAUCAAGUAAUUAAACA